GUCUCCCGUUUCACGCAGCGCUCCCCAGACACGCUCCAUUCAUCUCUGCGUCUUUAUUUACCGGUGGAAACGCCGCGGCAGGCAUUGUGUGUACGCGGUUUCCGGGCGGGCAUGUCGGGCUCAACUUCCCCGCCUCCCUCGGUGGAGGUUGCGGGCACCGAGGGGUGUUUUCCCCCUGGAUACAAGCCUUUUAAACCCGAAGAGCACGGCCUGGAGCGCGGGUUCCGUCUCACAUCCUUCUCGGACCUGAAGGGAUGAGGCUGCAAGGUCCCGCAGGAGGCUCUGCUCAAACUCCUGGCGGGACUCGAGUCGGACCGGGCCGACGGGACGGGGAAGGCCGGGGACCAAGCUUCGGAAUUCGGCCAACAGUUACCUGGCCCAAGACUCGGUGUUGGGAUGGACUGCUGCGUGAUUCCUCUGAGGCAUGGAGGGCUGUCACUCGUCCAGACCACAGAUUUCUUUUACCCUCUGGUGGAAGAUCCUUACAUGAUGGGCAGGAUAGCUUGUGCUAACGUCCUCAGUGACCUCUACGCCAUGGGCAUCACCGAGUGUGACAACAUGCUGAUGCUGCUGAGCGUCAGCCAGAAGAUGAAUGACAAGGACCGUGAGAAGGUCAUGCCUCUGAUGAUCCGAGGGUUUCGUGAUGCUGCGGAGGAAGGAGGGACUUCAGUGACGGGUGGCCAGACGGUGAUCAACCCCUGGAUCAUCGUAGGAGGUGUAGCUUCGGUCGUCUGUCAGCCCAACGAGUUCAUCAUGCCCGACGGUGCUGUACCAGGCGACGUUUUGGUUCUGACUAAACCUCUGGGGACUCAGGUGGCUGUAAAUGCUCACCAGUGGCUCGAACAGCCUGAAAGAUGGAACAAGAUCAAGCUAGUUGUCACCAAAGAGGAAGUUAAAGAGGCCUAUCAGGAAGCCAUGUUCUCCAUGGCAACGUUAAACCGCACAGCGGCCGGCCUAAUGCACAAGUUCCAGGCCCACGCUGCCACAGACGUUACAGGUUUCGGGUUGCUGGGACACGCCAACAACCUGGCAGCACAGCAGCGAAACGAGGUGGCCUUUGUUAUCCACAACCUACCAAUCAUAGCCAAGAUGACGGCCAUCAGCAAAGCAUGUGGAAACCUGUUCAACCUGGUCCAGGGCACGUCGGCAGAGACAUCUGGCGGCCUGCUGGUGUGUUUGCCCAGAGAGCAGGCGGCGAAGUUUUGCUCGGAGAUGAAGAGCCAGAGCUCCGGAGCAGGAGGCCAGGGGGCUUCGGGAGGAGCGUGGAUAAUCGGCAUCGUGGAGAAGGGCGACCGGCGCGCUCGCAUCAUCGACAAGCCCCGCAUCAUCGAGGUUCCACCGAGAGGAAGCCAGGCGGCAAAUCAGGACAACAGCUCCACCAGUCCUGAUCAAAACCCCAACCUGUCAUAGACACUGCCGCCCCAACGACACUGUGUAUGAGUGUGUGUUUGUUUGUGUGCUGUAUGCUUGAUGUCCAUCUGAUUUGUUAAAAUGCUGAGAGCACACAGACAAAAAUCGUUGUCUGAUCUGACAUUACAGGGAAUGGAAAGCAUAUUAUUCACGAUUGGAAGAAGCAAAAGAACCAACCUGUCAGCUUUACAUUUUAACUUGAGGUUAGCAUGUCUCACUUCAUCCUCUUUUUAUUUAGACCUGCAUUCCUUAUAAUCCAUACAGACGACUGGCUUCAUGUAGUUUAUCUGACAGAAGUUCAGGAAAUGAAUUGGUGAUUUAUGCUAAACUUUCUAUAUCAUUCUCUCCAAAUUCAGCAAAUGAGUGUGUUUGAGUAUUUUAUCAUUUAAUUUUGGGUAAUUUCCUUUUUUUUCUUUUUUACUUUCGUUUCGGAUGGAUGAUGUUACAUGUGCUUUAGUUGGUGAAUGUAUAGCGUGGUAAAGAACCGGUUCAUGGACCCCGACACCUGGCUCCGCCCACCAGCCCGGAGGAAGGCUUGAGCAGCUUCCUGUUUUGGGCAGAGCUGGGCAGAGCUCAGAAUGUCCACCUGUGUCAGCUGAUUGGCCGUCCAGCACCAAGUCCCUCCCACUCUUCCUUUUUUAAUGAAGCGCUGCCUUUUAAACCCCAACCAGCGGGGCGAGGCAGGGCGGAUGUACGCCUUCUGGAUCGGAGGGUCGGACUUGGAGCAUCGGAGGUAUAAAGCUAUAUGUGUUUGUAGAUUUAUUGCUUUUCACAAUCAAUAAAACCUGCAUGAACUCAGA